UUCCAUGCAUGUGGCUGUUUCCUCGUAGAAUAAGGUUUCGUUCUUUUGCUUCCGCGCUUUGUGAGAAUUUUUCUCCUGUUAUUGUUAGUCGAUCGGUGAUGGACAAGGCUGGACUUUUCCAAAGUAUUGGUUUAAGCGAGCAGAAAGCUCAGGAAACACUGAAGAAUGAUGCGCUUUCGAAGCGACUGGAAUCUAUCAUAACUUUGGUGAAAGAAAAAUCCACAGAUGCAGUUGAAAAACCCACUGGUGUUUUGAUGUACUCCUUGGCAAGCAGCAAUAUCAAAGAUGAAUCACAGAUCAAGUUUGUUAGUAACUACAUUGCAAACAAGAAGUUGGCAUCUGCGAUACAACUGACAGCUGCAGUGGAUUUUAUGAAGGCCAAUCCAGUUUUGCCUGUUGAUGUGGCUGCCUUUGAAAAAAAUUGUGGUAUUGGAGUAAACAUCACACCUGAUCAGAUUGAAGACUGUGUUGAAGAACUUAUCAAGAAACACAAGGAAGAAUUGUUGAAGAAACGCUACAAAUUCAAUGUUGGAAUAAUAAUGGGAAAGGCGAGAGAGAAGUUAAAGUGGGCAGAUGGAAAAGCUGUGAAAGCAGAAAUUGAUAUGCAGAUCUUAGAUUUGCUUGGACCUAAAACUGAAGCAGACAUGCAGGCUUUCAAAACAAAGGAGGCCAAGCCCAGCAAAGAGGGAAAGCCAGCAAAAGAGUCUCGUUCUGCAGCUGUAGAGGUUUCAUUGAAUGGUGAUACUGGAGAUGAUGAAACAAGUUCUUUGUUUGGAGAGGCAAGCAAGUUCCACAAACCAGGUGAGAACUACCUUACACCUGCCUAUGUUGUAACCCCUAAGACGAUGGCACUGCUAAAGGAACAUUUAGAAAGAACUGGAGGAAGAGUGCAAACAAGAUUUCCUCCUGAACCCAAUGGCAUUCUUCACAUUGGUCAUGCCAAAGCUAUCAACUUCAACUUUGGUUAUGCAAGAGCCCACAACGGUGUUUGCUACUUGAGAUAUGAUGACACAAACCCAGAGAAGGAAGAGGAAAAGUUUUUUACAGGAAUUUUGGAUAUGGUCAAAUGGCUUGGUUUUGAACCAUGGAAGAUAACCCAUGCUUCAGACAAUUUUGGAAAAUUGUAUGAUUUUGCUGUAGAGCUCAUCAAAAGGGGACAAGCAUAUGUCUGUCACCAGCAGUAUGAAGAAAUCAAAGGCCAUAAUCCCCCACCCAGCCCCUGGCGGGACAGACCAAUAGAGGAAUCACUGAGGCUGUUUGAGGAUAUGAGAAAAGGGAAAAUAGAGGAAGGAGUGGCAACACUGAGAAUGAGGACCACUCUUGAGGAUGGAAAAAUGGACCCUGUGGCCUAUCGUAUAAAGUUUACCCCACAUCAUAGAUCUGGAACUGAAUGGUGUAUAUAUCCAACAUAUGACUUUACUCAUUGUCUGUGUGAUUCUGUGGAGGAUAUCUCACAUUCACUCUGCACAAAAGAAUUUCAGUCAAGGCGUUCAUCAUAUUACUGGUUAUGCAAUGCUCUUGAUAUCUACUGCCCAGUGCAGUGGGAGUAUGGUCGAUUGAACUUGAGUUACACUGUUGUCUCCAAGAGAAAAAUUGGUAAAUUGAUCUCCUCUGGGAUUGUGAGGGAUUGGGAUGAUCCUAGAUUGUUCACUCUCACAGCCCUGAGAAGGAGAGGAUUUCCUCCAGAGGCUAUAAAUAAAUUCUGCAGCAAGGUGGGUGUGACAAUGGCACAGACAGUCACAGAUCCAUUGCUCCUUGAGUCAUGCGUUCGGGAUGAACUGAAUGUUACUGCUCCCAGGGUCAUGGCUGUUCUUGAACCUCUCAAGGUGACAAUACAGAACUUUGACAAGCAAGUCAAGCUCGGUGUUCCCAAUUUCCCUCAAGACACAAGUAAAGGAAGUCAUGAAAUAUCAUUUGGAAAAACAAUUUUUAUUGAACAGACAGACUUUAAAGAGGUGUCAGAGAAGGGUUUUCGCCGUCUCACUCCUGAUCAGUCUGUUGGCCUCAAGUACGCUGGUAUGGUGAUAACACUUCAUAAAGUUGUUAAGGAUUCCAGUGGGAAAGUGACAGAGUUGUUAGUGAAUUGUGAGUCAACAGAAACUGCACCAAAACCAAAGGCUUUCAUUCACUGGGUAUCUUCACCUCUGAAAUGUGAAGUCAGACUUUAUGAAAGACUAUUCAAACACAAGAAUCCAGAAGACCCAGCAGAAGUACCAGGUGGUUUCAUAACAGAUUGCAACAAGGAUUCUCUUACUGUAAUCCCUGAUGCUCUUGUGGAACAAACUGUCAAACAGGCAACUGUCUAUGACAAAUUCCAGUUUGAAAGGAUUGGUUUCUUUAGUGUUGAUCCUGACAGCAGUAAAGACAAGCUGGUGUUCAACAGAACAAUCUCUUUGAAAGAAGAUCCUGGCAAACUGUAGUUGGAAAACAGAAUAUACUUCUAUCAAUGAAUACUGUUCAAAUAAUAUAGUGCCAAGACUUUCUAGUGACCAGUACCCAGCCAUAGCGAUUCAAAUUCCCUUAGAGUGCCUCUUUACAACCACAUUCAUUUAUCAUUAUUCUCAACCCUUUAGUCCCUAAGAGUGAUUAGCAUCUAAUUUCUCCUUACAAUAUCACCCCUGAAUCAAACAUGAAAGUUAUGAGAAAAGAGGAGAUGAUCACCAACUAAAGCAGCUCUUGAUUGUUACACAAAUUCUCCUUGUCAGCCUCUUUGGAAAUGUAUAGAGAACAGUAUGGAGAAUAUGCAUACUGAUAUUAGGAUGUAAAUGGUUUAUUUAGUGCAUGUCUCAGGCAGAUUACUUGGUUUUGAACUUUUGGAACUAGGAUAAAAUCUAAAAUAAAAUAAAUUGUUGGAGACUUAAUAAUCCAAAUUCUACUAUGUCAGAGAUUUGAAAUUCUGAAUGUGUACCUUGGGUAUGGCUGGAAUAUUUCCUUCACUCCCAGAGGGACCUUCUUUUAACAUAGCUUGUUUAAGCAAUAGAUCACCCUUUUUAUUGGUUUACCAGAAUAAUAACCUAUGCAGGAUGUUGGGAGAACAUAAAAAAAAAGGUUGGAAAACAUGUCUUGAGUGUCCAGCUCAUGAUUUAUAAACUUUUACCAACUUCCCAAGUAAGUCAUCACGCUGGUGAAAUGGUACAAAAUUGUGGUCUAUUAUUACCGGUGAUUGCUUUAUUCAUAAAAUAAACUUGAAGGGUUGCUUAGUUGCUUAAGGUCUAACCCAAACCACGGUACUCAACCAGUGGGCCUUAGGUUUUCUCUAUAAUAUUAAAUAAAUGCCCUUCCACUGUUAGCUUUUGGCUCUUUUGACACUGUUCACAAAAGUAAAUGUUUAGAUGAAAGAUUCAGCUAAAUUGAGGAUUGUUUAGGAUGCAGUUUUGUUAACAACCAUUUGACUUUGUUUAAAUAAUGAGACAAAAUGUCUCAAUUCUCUAUUAUGGGCUUAUCGCUGCAAUAAUUGAUAGAUCUUUGACCAAUUAAGGCUCUUGUAGUAUGUCAGCUAUUGUUUAAAAAAUCUUGACAUAAAAAAAGGAAAACAUGUCUUUGAGUACUAGUAAAUGUUGCAGUAACAUAUAGCUAUAUAGUUUACUUUAUAUCAUGGCCUCCUAGUGGACUUCUCAACUGAGGUACACAAUGUGACUUUCUCAAACCUUUGACACUAAGUAUCAGUUUUUCUGUUUUAUGUAGUCUCACAAAAUGCCUUUCUUCUGAGUUUCCUUUAGUUAGUAACAUUAAUGAUAUUAAUAUUUACUAUUCCUUUUAUUACCUAUUUCAAAGAGUUUUGUGCUUUCUGAAGCAAACAAUAAAGGUCACUCACAAUAUUUUA